AUCACUGUCCUUGAAGAAUCCAUGGGAGCAAUCCUUGUCCAACAUGAUGACUCAGGCAAGAAAGAAAGAGUCAUCUAUUAUGUGAGCAAGAAGUUCAAUGAUUGUAAAAGGCAAGCCAUUACAGAUCACUUAGCCGAACAUGUAGUAGAGGAUUAUGAGCCUAUUGAUUGGGAUUUUCCUAAUGAGGACAUCUUGGCAAUAGAGGCAAAAUCUGAUUCAAAUAAUUGGAAGCUCUUCUUCGAUGGAGCUAUUAACCAGCUUGGUUGUGGCCUUGGAGCUGUGUUGGUAUCCCCAAAGGGUGAUCAUUUUCCUAUUGCUAUAAAGCUGGAUUUUGCUUGUACCAACAACAUAGUCGAAUAUGAAGCUUGUAUUGCAGGAAUACAUGUUGCUCUAGAUAUGAAUGUCCAAGAUUUGGAGAUAUAUGAAAUUCAGAUUCAUCUCUUUACCAAGAACCAAUUCAUGGAUGCUUUGGCUACUUUAGCCUCCAUGAUCCAAAUCUCCAAUGAUGAUGUAAUCAAGCCUUUAAAGAUUAAAAUUAGUCAAGAACCUGCACAUUGCAUGGAAAUCAAGGUUGAUGACAAACCAUGGUUUCAUGAUAUUAAACAAUUCUUGCAAAUGGGGAAUACCCUCUACAUGCUUUUGAGAUAUGGGCAACCAGAGGCCAUCAUUACUGAUAAUGCAAGCAAUUUGAACAAUGACAUGAUGACUACACUAGGCAAGCAAUUCAAGAUCAAGCAUUUGAACUCUUCUCCACACCGACCGAAGAUGAAUAGUGCGAUGGAAGCUGCCAACAAGAAUAUCAAGAAGAUUCUAGCUAAAAUGACAGUUACUUACAAAGAUUGGCAUGAAAUGUUGCCAUAUGCUCUCCAUGCUUAUAGAACCUCUAUUCGCACUUCAACUGGGGCAACCCCUUAUUCCUUGGUAUAUGGAAUGGAGGUAGUACCACCAAUUGAGCUGGAAAUUCCUUCCAUGAGAAUUUUAUCCGAGUCAAUAUUGAGGAAGAAGAUUUGAUUCAGAAAAAGAUAGAUCACCUCAACUUGCUUGAUGAGAAGAGAUUGGCAACUCUUUGUCACGGUCAGUGUUAUCAGCGACAAAUGGUAAUAGCUUACAACAAGAAAGUCAAAUCGAGAGUAUUUCAUCAAAGAGAUCUUGUCUUAAGAAAGAUCAUGCCAAAUG